AUGGCAGAUCGGUUAACCCGUAUAGCAAUAGUGAGCUCCGACAGAUGCAAGCCUAAGAAGUGCCGCCAGGAAUGCAAGAAGAGCUGUCCUGUCGUCAAGACUGGUAAACUAUGUAUCGAGGUUACCCCUGCAUCCAAGAUUGCUUUUAUCUCAGAAGAAUUGUGCAUUGGGUGUGGUAUCUGUGUUAAGAAAUGCCCAUUUGAAGCAAUCCAAAUUAUCAACUUGCCAAAGGAUUUAGACAAAGAUACAACACAUCGUUAUGGGCCUAACACUUUCAAACUACACAGGUUACCAGUCCCAAGGCCAGGGCAAGUACUUGGUUUGGUUGGAACUAAUGGCAUUGGGAAGUCAACUGCCCUAAAAGUUUUGGCUGGAAAGUUGAAACCAAAUUUAGGUCGUUUCAAUAAUCCUCCGGAUUGGCAGGAAAUUUUGACCUACUUUCGAGGAUCUGAGUUGCAGAAUUAUUUUACCCGUAUCCUGGAAGACAAUUUGAAGGCCAUUAUAAAGCCCCAGUAUGUUGAUCACAUUCCAAAAGCAGUUCAAGGAAAUGUUGGGGAGGUGCUCAACCAGAAAGAUGAAAGGGAUAUGAAGGAAGAACUGUGUGCUGAUCUUGAGCUGAACCAGGUUAUAGAUCGUAAUGUAGGGGAUUUAUCAGGUGGGGAGCUUCAAAGAUUUGCCAUUGCUGUCGUUGCCAUACAGAAUGCAGAGAUAUAUAUGUUUGACGAACCUUCAAGUUAUCUUGAUGUGAAACAGAGGCUUAAAGCAGCCCAAGUUGUCCGAUCUUUGCUCAGGCCUAAUAGCUAUGUAAUUGUUGUGGAGCAUGAUCUUAGUGUCUUGGAUUACUUAUCAGACUUCAUUUGCUGUUUAUACGGGAAACCGGGUGCAUAUGGAGUUGUAACUCUUCCUUUCUCAGUUAGAGAAGGAAUUAACAUCUUCUUGGCCGGAUUUGUUCCUACAGAAAAUCUUAGGUUCCGGGAUGAAUCUCUGACCUUUAAGGUUGCUGAGACUCCACAGGAAAGUGCUGAGGAAAUUGAGACAUAUGCACGAUAUAAAUACCCAUCUAUGACUAAAACUCAGGGAAACUUUAGGCUUCGUGUUGUUGAGGGAGAAUUUACGGAUUCUCAAAUUAUUGUUAUGCUGGGUGAGAAUGGAACAGGGAAGACAACAUUUAUCCGUAUGCUGGCUGGUCUAUUGAAACCUGAUAUUGUAGAAGAUUCCAAUGUGGAGAUACCUGAAUUCAAUGUUUCUUACAAACCCCAGAAAAUCAGUCCAAAAUUUCAAUCCACUGUCAGACACUUGUUACAUUCAAAAAUUCGUGAUUCAUAUACCCAUCCCCAGUUCAUGUCAGAUGUGAUGAAGCCUCUUCUUAUUGAACAAUUGAUGGAUCAAGAAGUUGUGAAUCUCUCUGGUGGAGAGCUGCAAAGGGUUGCAUUAUGCUUAUGCCUCGGGAAGCCUGCAGAUAUCUAUCUUAUAGAUGAACCAAGUGCCUAUCUUGAUUCUGAGCAGCGUAUUGUUGCUUCAAAAGUCAUAAAGAGGUUUAUCCUACAUGCUAAGAAAACUGCAUUCGUGGUUGAACAUGACUUUAUUAUGGCUACCUACUUGGCAGAUAGAGUUAUUGUCUAUGAGGGGAAGCCAUCAAUUGAUUGUGUUGCAAAUUCUCCACAGUCAUUAUUGACUGGGAUGAAUCUAUUCUUAUCUCAUCUUGAUAUCACAUUUCGACGUGACCCCACUAACUACCGCCCAAGAAUCAACAAAUUGGAGUCAACGAAGGAUAGGGAACAAAAAGCUGCUGGAUCCUAUUAUUACUUGGAUGAUUGA